GUGGAAUUUUCUCGCGAGCCCCGGCCACCGCCGCCGGCUCGUCUUUCCUUUCCUUUUUCUUCUCUUCUUUCUCUUUUCUCUUGGGCAUUCUGCCUCGCCUCGCCUCGCGCGUCGUCGCCGCCCCGUGGAACCUUUCGACAUUCUCGCUCCCGAGACAUCCUGUCCGACCCCCUUUCCCCCGCAGGUUCCCGCCCCGACCGCCACCGAACCAGCCUGCCCACCGCCCGUUUCGCGCCACCAACCGUGAUCCCCCAGAACCCACGUUCAAGAUGGUCGAGAAGAUCUACGUCACGUACAACGAUGUGAGUGACCAGCAGCAGCAGGGCGCGCGCGUCACCCGGCCGUGACACGGCGCGUACUUCUUCUCCUCCCCUGCGUUGGUGCUCGAUGCCGACAGGCCGAGACCACGCGACCACCGCCUCCCACCCUAGGACCAACCGACAAAAACAAAACCCUGGAAAAAGAGUCACGUCACGUCCGGUCACUGACAAAGUCCCCCCCGGGUCCGCAGGUGCACAAGCUGUGCCAACAGUCGGCCGGCAAGCUGCUCGCCGACUUCCAGCCGCAGCUCAUGAUCGCCAUCGGCGGCGGCGGCUACGUCCCCGCCCGCAUCCUGCGCUCGUUCCUCAAGCAGCCCGGCUCGCCCAACAUCCCCAUCCAGGCCAUUGGCCUCAGCCUGUAUGAGUCGCUGGGCGGCGAGGACGAGAACGUCGAGACCAUCGGCACAAAGGUCACCCGCACCCAGUGGCUGGACCUGACGGCCCUCGGCGAGAUGGAGAACCUGGUCGGCAAGCGCAUCCUCAUUGUCGACGAGGUCGACGACACCCGCACCACCCUCGAGUACGCCGUCAAGGAGCUCGAGAAGGAUGUCGAGGCCGCCCGCAAGCGCCUCGGUGGCGACCACCCCGAGACGGAGUUUAGCAUCUUUGUCCUCCACAACAAGGACAAGCCCAAGAAGGGUACCCUGCCCCACGACAUGAUCAAGACGCGCUACCAGGCCGCGCAGACGGUUGGCGACGUCUGGAUCAACUACCCCUGGGAGGCAAUGGACAUUGACGAGCACGACAAGCUGGCUGACUCCGCCAGGAAGUGAUUGGAAUAGACGUCGGGACUCACGUCAUGACCGCAAUGAAGGAAUAUUUGGGUGGUGCGGAGGGCGGACCUUUAUGAGAGCAAAUAGCUAGGUCUAGUGACUCGGAGUUUAUAGUGUGUGUGAAUUUCAUGCUGAAUAGAUGGCUUUUAGGUCGACAGUUC